AAAUAUCUUAUCUCGAAAGUCCCCACUCUAAUCGUCUGUGUUUAUUAAACCCUUUGAACGCCAGACGGCGAAGGAAUAUGUCGUGCUCCUGCCUGACGCAAGGUGAUUAUUUAAGCGAAAUUGGACUUUACGGAGUCCCGCGUAAAUCCCUAUUGCAUUGGCGAAGCUGACGGCUGUGGCCGUCGUUGGCGUCCUUGGCAAGAGUUUCCGAUGUCGUCCACAGCCGUCUGUGGCGGUCAUAGGGUUCUUAUUAAGAUCGAGCAAAAGAAAAGACGAUUAAUAAUUUUUGGGUCUCCUUUAAAAAUAUAUCAGUUUAUGAUGCGCCAUCAAAACUUGCCCCUUUCUCUAGUUUUGUUCUAUGCCGUCCGUGCCUUUGAAAAAUAAUUAAAAAACUUAUUGCUUCUACUGCUUCCUAAAGAAGCCGUCUGACCGCCAGUCAGGAAGUUUCGUUAAGAUAAGUAAACUUCAGCAGUGUAAACAGUCGGAGAUCAAUUUAGUAAUAUCUACACGGGAUACGCAUAGGCACGUAUUUGCACGAAAAAAUAGUCGCUAAUGGAUUUCUCGCCGCCCGGUCUGGCAGCUGCCUUAAGCUUUGUGUGUUAAGACUUCUUUAACGAGAACGUUUCCAAAAAAUAUAGGUAUUUAUGGUAUUUGGCAUUCCCGCAACUUGUCAUAACUAAAUUCUUGUCACUUUAUAGCAGCUAAAUUUAAAAAUAUAUUUUUAUAAAUUAUUAACUAAAUUUAUACGUGUAUUAAAAAAUAAGAGAAACAGAUCUGGAACCAAACACAUAAACAUAGAUUCAACAGAAGAAAAUAGCUUUAGCUUUUAAACAUCGUGUGUGUCUGCUUCUAUAGAGAGGCUAACAAAAUCUUGGAAAUCUGUCCUUGCUGUCUUAUUAUAACUGAAUUCAAUAACCCACAAUUAGGGACCGAGGCUUAACGUUACUUUCGGACAGAAUAUAGGUAAAGGUUCAAGAUGACGUACGAGUUUUAUGUCGACGCCGAGAUUACUUCGAAACGCCGCAUACGCAACUGGUACUAUAACAACUUGUUGAGAGUGUUGGAACACGCCAAGGAGAACCAGGCUCGGGAUAUAGACACGUCUAUUGCUAUGGCCAAGGAACUUACAUCGAUCUUGGAUGAACCCCGUGCCAAACCUCGUGAGGUACCCCCUCACGACGUGACCCCCCAAGAUAAAGCCGAAAUGAUGAAGCCUGUUGAACCCGAAGUGUUGGACAUCCUCUACGGCAGCUCGGAGAAGUAUGCAGACCAGCGGUACCUCAAGGCCAGGAACAAGAAGUCACCGGAGGAUAAAUAUUACUUCCGCGUGGUAUCGAGCUGGGACUACGGCUGGCAGCAGAAGUCGAGCCGCGUGCCCGCGAAGGACGUCCACCACGGCCGCUGUGCACUCCUGAGGGAAACGUUCUACAGAAAGAACAACCCCACGCCCGACCCGCCGACGUACGCCCAGCCCGUCGGCGGGGAGUUCUCCGUGUGCACGCAAUACUCGUGCUACGCUGGGUAGAUGUAGGCAGAAACGUUCUACAGAAAGAACCCCACUCCCGACCCGACGACAUACGCACAGCCCGUCGGCGGGGAGUUCUCCGUGUGCACGCAAUACUCGUGCUACGCUGGGUAGAUGUAGGCAGAAACGUUCUACAGAAAGAACCCCACGCCCGACCCGACGACAUACGCACAGCCUGUCGGCGGGGAGUCCUCCGUGUGCACGCAAUACUCGUGCUACGCUGGAUAGAUGUAGGCAGAAACGUUCUACAGAAAGAACCCCACGCCCGACCCGAUGACAUACGCACAGCCCGUCGGCGGGGAGUUCUCCGUGUGCACGCAAUACUCGUGCUACGCUGGGUAGAUGUAGGCAGAAACGUUCUACAGAAAGAACCCCACGCCCGACCCGACGACAUACGCACAGCCUGUCGGCGGGGAGUCCUCCGUGUGCACGCAAUACUCGUGCUACGCUAAUGAGCCAUAAUAUUGGGCAUAAACGUUCCAAAAUGCGGACACGCCAUAGUAUGGAAAUCGUUUUAGUCUAUGUGCGCACGACAACGUAUUACUAGAAAUGUUAAUAGAUACAAUCAAUGUACUUGCUUUGCGCCUAGUCUAACGUAACCAGCAAAAAAUAAUCUAUCAUAGGGGCGAAAAAUAAUAGACAUAUUUAUAGCAAAAAACAUAUAAUUUUAUAUUUUUAUUAUUUACAAUAUUUCAACUUUUAUUUACAUAUUAACAACAGCAAAUGUACCCAGUUUAAGGCCACAUCUCACUGUCAGAAAGGGAAUUAUUACAAAAUAAAAAUGUGUACAGUUAAUCUUAUUAGAGUCGUUUACAAUGUAUUUGAUUUACAAUAAUCUAGUCGUUGCCCCGCUGUAGAAGCGCUAAUAUGAUGCAUGAGGUCAAUGGUAAACGCGUUUCCAUGGAUACAUUUGGUGCUUUGAUAUUGGGUCCAUGAGUUAAAAUCUAUUGUACCCAGAAUGAAAGUACCUAAAUCUUAAAGAUGGCGUGUAAGAGAUAGCGGUGAAAGUUUAUGUGAGACUUGAAGAACCAAAUGCAUCCAUUGAAACACAAACUAAGUAAUGCUAAGAUGUUACAAUUAAAAAUAAUCAACCAUCGUAAUGUCAACAACAUUCGCUCACUCUAACAAAUUAUUAUCUAAGAAAAAAUAAAAUAUUAAUAAAUAUGA